AUGUUGAGGCCAAAUGUUUCUCGUCAAGGUAAGAGAGGCGCCGGCGACGUUGAUGAGUCCCUCCGUGACUCUAAACGGCCUCGUUCGGACCUCCCUGGGACAGAUCAACGUGAAAAACUUGUACGAGUAGCCGACAUGCCCAAGUGGAGUCGAAAAUCCUUUGAUGGAAUCCAUGAGCUGAACAGGGUGGAUAGUCUUGUUUAUGAUACUGCUCUGUUUGAGACCAACAACAUCCUCCUGAGUGCUCCAACUGGACCCGGGGAAGGUAAUGUUGCCAUCCUCGCCAUUCUCCAGCAGUGCGGUAUAAAUAUGGAUAGAUCUGAUGAUCAUAAUGUAAAUCACAAAGGGUACAAAGUAGUAUAUUUGGCUUCUGCUACAGCUAUUGUUCAUAAGGUGGUGGCACAUUUGAGUAAAAGAUUGAGGUCUUUUGGUGCCAAACUAGCCGUAUUAGCGGGAGAUUUUAUGUUCGCUCAAGCUUGGGUUGCAAUUGCCUCUCUAAGAAACACAGAGGUUUUCUCAUUACUAUCAACCGUUGUAGAGCAUCCUGUAACAGGGGAAACCAUGCAAAUGAAUAUGGCAGCCGAUCAAAGUUUUAGCAUGGAAUAUUACAUGGAAAAAACAUACUACAAGAAUGCAUCAUCGAUUUCAAAUUCUUGCAAGGCAAUUGCCAUUCUUGCUGGGCAUACAACACAAGUUGCCGAGAUGGCUUUUGACUAUGGAAAGAAUCUGGGAUUGGCGUUUCAAUUGAUAGACGAUGUUCUUGAUUUUUCGGGCACAUCAUCAACAUCUCUUGGAAAGGGCUCAUUAUCUGACAUCCGUCAUGGCAUUAUCACUGCUCCAAUAUUGUUUGCCCCGGAAGAGUUCCCUCAGUUGGGUGCAGUUGUUGAAAAAGGAUUUGACAAUCCUUCAAAUAUUGAGAUCGCUCUUGACUACCUUGGUAAGAGUAAUGGUAUACAGAGGACAAGGGAUCUAGCAAGAAAGCAUGCAAACCUUGCUGCAAAGGCAAUCAAAUUUCUGCCUGAGAGCGAGGACGAAAGCGUAAGAAGAUCAAGGAUGGCGCUCCUAGAUCUCACCAACAUAGUCCUCACAAGAACCAAGUGAGAAAAUGUACACCAUAAAUAACAUAUGGGUCUGAAAUUCAACGCGUAUGUGUACACAGCCAAGGCUAUGAAAA